AUAGCUAUAGAGCGGCCCGGAGUUUCACCCGCAGAACCAAGGCACCGCAAAACAAAGCAAAAGCCUUACACUCAUACCCGGUCCCGUGCCGUGCUAUUCUUUCGUUUGGAAUGGACCGCCUUUCCGUGACGAGAGCUGAAGCAAAAGCUGGAAUGAGGAGAAGAUCGAGUAGUAUUAUUCAGGAGGUGCAGCCGGAGAGUGAGGAUGAUAGGUUGGAUCAGGGUGCUUUGCCUAACUUUAACUCGAGUUGGGUUGACGCGAAAGGCGCCUGGUUGAUUCACCCCCUCCUCAUCAUCCUCCUCCGCCUCCUUUUCAACUCCCUCCCAACAGUCUCCCGCGAACUCUCCUGGACCCUCACAAACCUCUCAUACAUGUCCAUAACCUACCUCAUGUUCCACUGGGUCAAAGGCAUCCCGUUCGAAUUCAACGCCGGCGCCUACGAUAACCUGAAUAUGUGGGAACAAAUGGACAACGGCGAGCAGUACACCCCGACGAAGAAGUGGUUGACUGGGGUUCCUGUGUGUUUGUUUUUGUUGAGUACGCAUUAUACGCAUUACGAUUUGUGGAUGUUUGUGGUGAACUUGAUGGCGUUGUUGGUUGUGCUUGUGCCUAAGUUGCCGGCGGCCCACCGAAAGCGUCUGAAUCUCAACGCCAUCCUUCACCCUGAGGAAGACGACGAGUAA